GCCUUUCCGAAAAAGUGUGUCCCAAGAAGCAACCCGUAGUGUUCACGUGAUCUUACCUGGACUCAGUCUUCCACUCAACUUUUGCAGUGGGACAUUAAAAGCAGCUGGGUUUGCGCUGCGAGGAAUUUGGUUGCUGCAGCUGUGCCAUUUCUGUUCCAAAAGGAGAAUUGCAGGAUCUUCUGAAAUGGAUGUGGCAGAUUCUUAGAACCUAGGUCCAUCCCAGGGGAGGCAAGGCUAAAGGAAGUCUAAAGGACAGCAAGUCAUGCUUGGCAGAAGAGGGUAUUCUUACAGCGAAAGCUACAUCUACCACCCCCCUCGAGAUGUUGUGCCCCAGAGGAUCGAGACUCCUAAAGCCGGUGACAUCAGUCUUGAAGUGUCCAGUGGCUCCACGCCAGAGCUAAAGCAGAGCCGCAAGCCGGUACGGGGGAGGCGAGCAUGCAAGGCUGAUCCCAGAGACUCACAUGGCAGGGAAGGGGAAAACGCCAGCUUUAUCUCUAGCACUCCAGAGACUUCCCAGCCCCCCUGCUGCCCCACCCUGUCUCGGGCCUGGAGCACUUACCGAACCAUCUUCUGCUAUAUCGUGACUUGUGGGGGCUGCUUUAAGGACUGCCAGACCAGCAUCCCAUACCCUUACAAUGAGACUUUGACAGAUGAUGGGAAGUCCCAGGAGUGCAACGGGCGUUUGCCAAACAGUCCUGCCAGUAGCUCCCCUGCUGAAAAGAAUGGGAGCCAAGCCAAAAAGACCAACAUAGGGAGCAGCUUCAGCUACCCUGAUGUAAAACUGAAAGGGAUCCCGGUCUUCCCAAACCGGAACCCUAGUUCCCACACAGACUCCGAUUCGUGUUACAAGGAGCCUCUGCCAGACAAGACCUCCCAUAACAGCAUAGAGAAGCAACCUCUGCCCAGCAGCCAUCGAAGUUCGGAGGAAUACUACUCGUUCCAUGAGUCGGAUCUCGAGUUCAGUGAGCUGAGCUCUAUGUCCAGUAAGGAGAUUGAUGUCUUAAUCUUCAGGAAACUGACUGAGCUGUUCAGUGUGCAUCAGAUCGACGAGCUAGCCAAAUGCACUUCAGACACCGUCUUUCUGGAGAAAACCAACAAGAUCUCAGACCUCAUCAACAGUAUCACCCAGGACUACAAUCUGGAUGAACAGGAUGCUGAAUGCAGGCUGGUCCGGGGGAUUAUACGCAUCAGCACACGCAAGAACAGGGUCCAGCCCCGCAUUUCAGUCCCUACCCUCCCAAGCCCAAAAGAGAACACAAUGCGCUGCAAUCCACCCGAUAGUGGCAACGAGACAAUGGUGGCAUCAGUGCUCACAAGUGAAGAAGAUUUGUCUGUUCAGAUUUCUCAAGAAACCACGGCAGAUAUGAAAGCCAGGGUUAUGAGGCGUGAGGUGUACAACACAACAGGGUCUCCACUGAGCAGAGGAUCCUCUUUCCAGGACACGGAGACCGAUUCUUCAGGGGCUCCGCUACUUAAAUAUAUUACUGGGAGAAUGGACCUUGGGAGCGCACACACGGCGAGGCCCAGCGCCUUGCCUGCCACAAGCUCUCCAUUUUGUAAAUGACACGUAUGCUGCCAUCGUAUUUUGUUUGUAUUUGAUUUUGAGAGUGCCUCAUGUGGCGGAGAUGUACCAUAGAAACAAUACGACAGGAAGAAGAGACUGGCAUUUGGCUGUGCCUUCGGAGUACUGCCCUGAUCUUGUUACUGCUUUCCGAGUUCAAUUCUGCUUCAAACUUGCCUUCAGAUGACCAGCUGGUGCCUUGCUAAUUAUUCCCUGGAUCACUUUUCCACUCUUUCAGCAACAGACUAUGUUGAAACGAUGGGGGGAGGGGGGGUUGCACAUGUCUAAUUGUUCCAGAGGUAAGAUAUAAGAACUCUUGCUGCAGGCCAUUCCUGCAACUUGCGAUUGCCAGCUUGAUGGUGGUUGGUAACUGAUGUUUUUGAUCCGCAUCUGUGAUUUUUUUUUAAAAAAAAAUUAUUUGCCAAGGGUAUCUUACCUGUGCAUUGGAUGGACUUUCAUCUAGAGAGCAAGUGAUGGGGAGUUGGACUUUAAGCCCCCUUUAAACUUUAGCCUUUUUCCAUGAAGCUGCUAACCGAAAAAACAAAACAAAGCCAGUUGGUUUGGCUGCAGGUAAAUUGAGCAAGGUUUGUCUUCAUUGAGACCCCGGUCUCUUUGUAGAAGCACAGUUCCCAGGGUUCAUUGGCUAGAAGCUGUGAUGAUUAAGCUAGCUGGAAAAUGGUUAAAAAGUGUAGACAGGCGUGCCAGAGAAACUCCUGAAUUAUGGAGAUCAAGUACACAUCUUUUAGAGCUGUCUCAAACUCUUGUUGCCUCUACUUUAAGGGCCAAAUUAGGUGAGAUGCUGGUGAGUUCACGGAUAUUUGAGCAUUUGUUAUUGUUCCUUUAAUAUUGGUCCAGGUCCUCAAUUUUGAGACUGAGAGGAGAAGGAGACAUGUUUUCUCAUGCCGGUUUCCUUUCCUGAAUCAGCCCUGUGGAGGUUCUGAUACAAGUUUGUUCCAUUGGAGCAAAUCGCAGCCCUGCGGGUCUGUUUCAGGUUGGGAAGAUAGUGUGGACGGGGGGAGCGGAACCAUAAUGCCAAGAUCUUGAUCCAAACUGAUGUCCUUCAUGCCUAUCUUUUUUUGUUUGUUUGUUUGCUUGUUUUAAGCUUGGGAACCGUGCAUAAUUACAGUAUUUUUUUCCCUAAGUUUAUCCUAGAUGGUAAAGAGCUGAAAUAAAAAUCCAGAGCUCUGUCAGAAUGACCCACCUCAAUCGCAAUCAUAAGUCUUAAAUUUUUGCAGCUGCGCAGAAGAGCUCUGCGUGGAGCUGUCUACCAAUAAAUCUGUUUUCUCACAA